CCAGCGUCAAAAUACUGAGCGUACAGGCAGAAUGUAGUUGACUCUUAACUUGAAAGAAUCAGCGCAUUGCCCACAUCAACAAAGUGUCCCAGUCAGUUAAGUGAAUUAUAUACCCAAGUGAAGUUCCUUCGAGAUCAGCAUGGAUUUUGAUCGCGUGCUUGAGAAGUGUGGAAACUUCGGUCGGUUUCAGUUUGUCAUACUCAUUCUGUACGGCUACACGAAUAUACUCAGCUCGCUUCACUAUUUCUCACAGACUCUUAUUACUUUUACACCUGAGCAUUGGUGUUCCCAUGACGACUUGAUGGGUUUGAGUGCUGCGGAAGUGCGAUCCAUUUACUCCAAUGUGACGCACCCCUCCUGCACCCUUCUCUCGGCGGUGAUCAAUGGCACAGGAGUGGCCUCGGAGGUGGAAAGCUGCCAGGACUGGAUCUUCGAAAGGGAGAACGGCUACGAGAGCCUGACCACCGAACUGAAGUGGGUGUGCGACAAGUCGCACCAACCGGCGGUGGGUCAGUCCUUCUUCUUCCUGGGCUCGGUGGUGGGAACCAUUUCCUUCGGCUUCCUGUCGGACCGCAUUGGCAGACUGCCCGCCAUGCUGAUGGCCGCUAUAUCCGGUGCGACUGGUGACUUCAUCACCUCCUUUGUGCACACCCUGCCCUGGUUUGCCUUCUCUAGAUUCGUCUCGGGAUUAUCCACGGAUACCAUGUACUAUCUUAUGUACAUCUUGGUCUUCGAGUACCUGAGUCCCAAGCGCCGCACCUUCGGCCUCAACAUCAUCCUGGCUGUGUUCUACUGCUUCGGACUGAUGACCUCGCCUUGGCUUGCCAUGUGGAUUGGCAACUGGCGUCGCUACCUCUGGCUGGCAUCUCUGCCAGCUCUGGGAGUGCUCAUCUAUCCGCUGCUGAUCUGCGAAAGUGCCCAGUGGCUGCUGACCAAGAAGAGGUACGACGAGGCGGUGGCCUGCCUGAAACGAGUGGCCAAGUUUAAUGGUCGCCAGGUGGAGGACUCAGUGUUCGAUGAGUUCGUGAAGCACUAUCGCGAGAAGAUGAACGAGCAGAGCAAGCUGAACAAGCAGAUGGACACGUUCCUGGGGAUGUUCAAGACUCCCAGACUUCGCCGCUUCACCACCACGCUGCUGGUUAAAUCGGUCAUCAUCACACUGUCCUACGACGUGAUCAACAGGAACAUGGAGGGCCUGGGCUCCUCGCCCUUCAAGCUGUUCUCACUGACCUCCAGUGUCUAUCUGCCAGCAGGAUUUAUCAUUCUCCUGCUGCAGAACAGGAUCGGUCGCAAGGGCAUGGCCUGUGGAGCCCUGCUGGUGGGCGCCAUUAUCACCGCCGCCACGGGAUUCCUCAUUGCGGUGUUGGAUCCCAAAGAGAAUGCCAUCCUGCUGGCCUUAAUGGUGGGCCUGGGCCGCUUUGGUACCACUGUCUCCUACGAUGCAGAGAUCCAAUAUGCGGCAGAGAUCAUACCAACAAGUGUGCGAGGUCAGGCGGUGUCCAACAUUCAUGUGGUUGGAUUGGCCUCCAGCUCACUGGCCUUCUAUGUGAUCUACCUGGCCCAGUACUACAAGCCCCUCCCCUCGAUCUUCAUCAGCGUUCUGAUGUUCCUGGGCGCCCUUCUUUGCCUUACGCUUCCCGAAACUCUGCACAAGAAACUGCCCGAAACCCUGGCCGAUGGCGAACGCUUUGCCAUGAACGAGGGCUGCCUCUAUUUCCCAUGCUUGCACAAACGCCGCGAAAGUCUGACCAAGCAUGAGGACCUUAAGUCUGAACCCUAGAGGGUUGUCCACUGAAAACUGACUACUUUUCAACCUGCUAGCCACUUAACCUGAUGAUGGAGCCAACGAUUAGUUGACUUCUGUAACCGAAUGGUCUGAUAAUUGUUACUCAUGUGAAGGAUGCAUAGUAAUUAAACCAAAACCGUUGUGUAGAACACAUUUAUCUAACCGUAUAUAAUCAAAACAGAACUGGUAUAUAUAUAUGAUGUACUUAUUUUCUUUCACAAUAAAUUUAUAUAUGAAAAACUA